AUGAGUAGAAUAACAUAAGAACUUCAUUUCCCAGCAUGCCACAGUAGUUAGGUUGCAGAGUACAGUUCGGAAGUAAAAGAGUCCCACGAGUUCUAUCCAACACGCCUCGUCUCCUUUAUUUUAUAUCUCACGAGAGACAACACAUGGUGUCAGAAGUGGCCGUGAGCAGCCUCGGAGUGGAAAGGUUUGCCACGAAAGAGCUACGAAAGCACGAGCGAGAGAGGAUUUGGAGUCCCCGGCCGUGUGAGUGAUUGCGUGUUGGCGAAGCUACAUGCUAGCGGAGUUAGCUACUGCGUGCGUUGUCUCUGAACUGCGAAGUGAAACGACGGACGCGGGACAGAUUAAAGAAAGCUGACUUUUACCCCGUUUUGCUGUCAUGGAUAAGUUGAGUCCACCUACUUCCAUGCAACUGACUGGUAGUCUUGCUGAUAACUGGAAGCGUUUCAAGCAAAGAUUUACUAUAUACAUAGCAGCAAGUGGAGCAGGAGGUGAUGAUGAAAAACUGAAGGCUCACAUUCUUUUGCAUGUCAUUGGAGAAGAUGCUUUGGACGUCUACAACAGUUUUCGUUUGGAUGAAGCUAAUUUGACUUUGGCAGAACUGAUGAAGAAGUUUGAAGAGUACUUUGUGCCGAAACAAAAUGUGACCUUUGAAAGGUACAAGUUUUUCACGCAUGACCAGCAGCAAGGAGUACCUUUUGAUCAAUACUUGGCAGAGCUACACACGCUGAGCAAAACAUGUGAAUUUGACACUCUGAGAGACUCAUUAGUGCGAGACAGGAUUGUUUGUGGAACAGCGGAUAAUGCACUGAGAGAAAGACUGCUUAGAGAAACUGAACUUACAUUGGAUGAGUGUGUCAGUAUGUGCAGAGCAGCAGAGACCACUAAAGCACAAGCUAAAGAGCUGCGAAGAGGAGAAACAACAGUGCAUGCGAUAAAUAAAGCACAACGGAAGAAAAAUACAUUUUCCAAACAAAAAGACCAAAAGGAAAAAACUACAGAAUUUACAUGUGGUAGAUGUGGAGGCAGCCACAAGCCAAAGUCUUGUCCAGCAUUUGGAAAAUCCUGUAACAACUGUGGAAAAAAUAACCAUUAUGCAAAAUGUUGCAGAGCCACAUCAAAACAGAAAGUUCACACAGUUGAAGAAGAUGACGAUAACGAGGAGUUUAUCGUGGAUGUGGUACAAGCUUGUACAGCAGAAAAGGAAGAAUGGAUCGUGCCAAUAACAGUGAAUGACACAAUUAUACUGUUCAAGUUGGAUACAGGUGCACACACAAACCUAAUAUCAAUGGAAGACUACAAAACACUGAAGACAAAGAGCAAAAUUCGUCCUGUAAAAACUAGAGUGAGUGGAUACACUGGAGAACGUGUUCCUGUUCGAGGUGGAUGCAUUGCAACUUUCAAACACAAAGAUCGGCAGAUUAGGGCACAGCUACUGAUUGUGGAUAUGAGUGUAAAACCAAUCCUGGGACUCAGUGCAUGCACAAAGCUCAAUCUGGUCAAAAGAGUGUUUGUUGUGACAUCUUCAGAUGCAGAAAGUGCUCAGGAUGUACUCAUGGAAGAGUAUAAGGACUGUUUUGAAGGACUUGGAUGUCUUCCUGGACUACAUAAAAUUGUCUUGAUGCUUGCAGUUCUAUGAUAAGGAUUUAUUUGUUGAAAAAAAGCUGUAACAUGACCUUGUUUUUAAGGGUAAAUAUUAUUUCUUUAUGUGGUAAUAUUUCUUUAAAGGGGGAAGAUGUGAUGUUAAGAGUAAAAUAACAAGAACUACAUUACCCAG